UAUAUACCCCAUUUACUAGUUUGAUUGUGGUUUUAGGGUCUAAUUAGAUAGUGUGUGCGUGCACGGUGCUUGGCUCUUGGCUGUUGUCGCUUUACACAAUAAAUGGAAAACUUUCGUUGACCAAAGUUCACUUUUGAUUUAUACAGAGACAGUAGUUAUCGUUAUUUAUAGUAGUCACCAGGCCUGCAGUAUUGGAUUUCAAGUUCGUUUCUGCAUUGAUAGCAACGGAAAUCAGUUAAAGAAGAAGCAUGAAUGCUCUAGUUCCCGAUGUGGUGGAUGAGGCGCCACCGAAGGACAAGCUAAAGGUCAACUAUGCAGCGGAACUGGCUGUCAAAGAGGGCAACGAGCUGACGCCCUUACAGGUGAAAGAUGAGCCGCAAGUGUCCUGGGACACCUCGGCGGACGAUAAGGAGCAGCUGCAUACUUUGCUAAUGGUCGAUCCCGAUGCACCCAGUCGCAAGGAGCCCAAGUUCCGUGAGAUCUUGCACUGGGCCGUUGUCAAUAUACCCGGCAAUCAAUUGAGCAAGGGACAAACUCUGGCUGAAUACAUUGGUUCCGGUCCGCCUGAGGGCACCGGAUUGCAUCGCUAUAUAUUUCUGCUCUAUCGCCAAAGCCAGAAGAUUGAGGAGACGCUGCACAUAGAUAAGCGCACCCGCCAAGGUCGCCUCAACUUUAGUGCUCGAGCCUUUGCUGGCAAGUAUGGCCUGGGCAAGCCCAUAGCUGGCAACUUCUAUGAGGCCCAGUACGACGACUAUGUGCCCAUACGGAACAAGGAGUUUUCUGCUUGAACAGGUGUUCACUAUUUACUGCCGUAGUCAUCUUUCUUAAUAAAUUGAAGCAUUGAGUGCACUUAUCACGGCUGCUAUCAGUUGGCCGAGUCAGUCGACUCGACUCGUCUUUAUCUUUAUCUUUAUCUAGAACGCAUUUGGGCAAAAAAGUGCACGAAAAUAAAAU